UAGAUGCAAGGGGCUGAGGGACCAAGUCAGUGGGUCAGCAAACUGGUGCCUCCCCCCGCCCCCCUCUGAGUUGUGCACGUCCUUUGGACGGCGUGCGGACAGACGGACCAGCCGCACGUCUCUGCUCCUCUCCCUUGCCUGCAGAGUCCUGUGACGUUUUCAGAAUUUGGGAUCCGAUAAAGGGAUUAAAAAGGAAGCAGCGAUGAUCAUUUGACCUCAGAUGUGGCAAGCAGAAGGGAUGUCAAGGAGAACAAGCUGAAUUGAGCAGAUCGCACCAGAUCCUCACUGAAAGGGUCACCGCACGCCGGUGCGAGCGGAACCGCCCUGUUGGUUUCUUCCACGAUGGACUGCAGCGACCCCGGCGCUCUGCUCAGCCAGGAACACCUCAUCUACGCCAUCACGGUCCCGCUGUCCACCUCCAUCAUCCUGGCCAACCUGGUCAUCAUCUUGGGCAUCUUGUGUAACCGCAAGCUCCACAACACGCCCAACUACUUCUUCCUGAGCCUGCUUGUGGCCGACAUGUGUACGGGCGUGGCGCUCCCUUUCAUCCCGCUGAUGGGACUCAACCGCAAGCUGAGCUUCGGCUCUUGCCUGGUGGCGCACAUCUUCCCAAACUUUCUCUUCCUGGCGUUUCUUCUCAACUUGGUGAUGGUCCACUACGAGCGUUACAUUUGUAUCGUGGAGCCCCUGCGCUACAGCAACUUGUGGAUGCAUCGAAGUUUCCCCCUGGCCUUGGUGUCGGUGUGGGCGCCCCCGCUCCUGUUCGCCUCCUUGCCCGCUUUCGGCUGGAACAACUGGACCAGCCCGGAUUGGAAUGGCUGCUGCGCACGCAGCCAAAAUUGGUGGUCAAAUUGUUCGGCCAACGUCACCGUGUGCUGCUCGUACAGACGCGUCUUCCCCAACGCCUUCAUCUACCUGGAGGUCUACGGGCUGGUUCUGCCCGCCAUCUUCACCAUCGCCGCCAUGACGGGCCGCGUCCUGUGGAUCACGCGGGGGCAACUCAAAGACAUCUGCCGUCUGCACCGUUCGGUGGAGCGCGGCCAGGCCUCGGACCGCGAGCAGCGGCUGAACGUGCGCUACACUCGCUGCGUGGUGGCCGUGUCUCUGACCUUCCUGGCGUGCUGGGUUCCGUACCUCAUCUACAUGCACGUGUGCGUGGCCUUCUUGAUCAGCGACACCAAGUGGAACGCCAGCACGCACGUCGUGCUCUCGUGCACCGGCAUCGGGGGCAUGGCCGUGGUGCCGCUGGUCUUGGGCCUCGCCAACAGGCAGUACACCGAACCGGCGUACAAGCUGCACCGGAAACUUCGGGACAGGUUGAGGCAGAGGAUGCAGACAGCGACGGAGUCCACGGUCAGAGAAAAUACCAACCAGAAUGUCGUGUAGCUUUUUUUCGUUUGUUUGUUUUUUGUUACAGCUGGAGAAGGGGGAAAAAAAAGAAAUUAUUUAUCAUAUAGUAUUUGGUCUUAGUUCAGUUGAAGAGUUCAUAUGCAAAAGCAGACACCUCCACUUUUUUGGUGUUUUUUUAAAUAUCUAAUUCUUAAAAUCUAAUUCAUCAUAAAAUUGCAAAGAAACGGAUUUAAAAAAAAAAAGUCCCCCACGACUCGAGAAAUAUUAUAAAAUAGUAACUAUUGAGGUUGGUGAAUAAAGAGUUGCAUGUACAACUACUAAUGACCUUGGCUUUAUGCUAACCUAAAGCUCUAAUAUGGUUGUAAUGUGUGAUUCUUCUUCCUUUUGCUUUCGGCUCGUCCCGUUAGGGGUCGCCACAGCGUGUCAUCUCAGAUGACUGCAUAUUUGUUUGGCACAGUUUUACGCCGGAUGCCCUUCCUGACGCAACCCCUGCGCAUUUAAGCCGGGGAGAGAAGCUUACGGCACCUGGUAUUCCCAGGCGGUCUCCCACCCGUGUACUAACCAGGGCCAAACCCACUGAGCUUCCGAGAUCUGACGAGAUUGGGCGUUCUCAGUGUGUCAGCUGUAAGCUUUGUAAUGUGUGAUUAGUCUUUUAUUUUAUUUUUUUUUUAGAACAAAGUUUGUCAUUUUUCCCCCAAGGCAUCUAUUCCCCACUAAAAGCGGUUAUAAUAUAUUUUUUUUAGAUUCAUGUUAAUAUGAGAGGUUGUUUGCACAUUAGAAUUUGACAUGAAUAUAAUAUGACUUUAGCUAGGAAAAAUGCAAUUUGGUUCUUGUAAGAUUACACGUUUUUAACAAAAUGCAAAAUAUUAAUUUAAUGUAAUAUUAGAAUAGAAUUUUUACACAUGCUUGUUUCGCUUGAUUGGCGUCGGGAUUACGGAAAUUUGCGGUUCAGUGGACCCCGAAACUGUUUGAAAACCCUUGCUGUACAUUUUGGAAUGCUUUUCAAUGAACAGACUAAAUAUGCUGCAUAGUUGUUGUUUGCAAACACUGACCUAGUAGUAAUAGCAGCUAGUACUAGUAGAAGCAGCACUACUAGUAGUAUCAGCAGGAGUAAUAGUGGUCGCAGUGGCAGAGUACAGCUUGGACUGGUUGCCAAUGAACGGCAGACAAUUGUUAAUGGGGGCAUUGUUACAUUUGAUGUCGAAAUACUGCUCAGAAGGACAGCUAGUUCUCACCUCGUGGAAUUGAACGCUGCCGAAGUCCUGUUAUUUUGGCUGCACUUGAAAUGAUUGUAACCAGUUUCUGUCUACCUCCUGCCUGCAAUGUUUACUCCUUCUUUCCCCCCAGAAGUGUUUAUCUAUGUACUGGUAUGCAAGCUGAGGAGGAGAGAGGGAUGCUCUCCCUUUCU